GUGGCGCUGAAACGGAUUAAUAAGGAACUUAGUGAUUUGGCCCGUAACCCUCCAGCACAAUGUUCUGCAGGUCCAGCUGAGGAUGACAUGUUUCAUUGGCAAGACCCAAUUAUGGGACCUAAUGACAGCCCAUAUGAAGGUGGUGUAUUCUUUUUGACAAUUCAUUUUCCUAUAGACUACCCCUUCAAACCACCUAAGAUUGUUGCAUUUACAACAAGAAUUUAUCAUCCAAAUAAUAACAGUAAUGGCAGCUUUUGUCUUGACAAAAAUUCUGUGAUUCUAAGAUCACAGUGGUCUCCUGCUUUAACUAUUUCUAAAGUUCUUUUAUUCAUUUGUUCACUGCUAGGUGAUCCAGACCUAGAUGACCCCCUAGUGCCAGAGAUUGCACAGAUCUGUGAAACAGAGAAGUACAACAGAGUAUCUUGGGGAUGAACUCAGAAGUAUGCCAUGUGA